CCGUGCUGCCGGGAGCUGCUGCGUCGGGGGGGCCGUGCUGCCCCCUGCCCUGCGCAAGCUUGUUCCCGUGCGUGCUGGUGGCGUGGGGCCGUGGGAAUCGCAGCAGCAGCGCCAGUUCGCCAGCCCUUGUGGGAGAGCCCCAGGGAGCGCCGUGCCUGCACCCUGCUGCUCCUGCUCCACCCGCUGGCCCCGGUGCAGGAAAAAAGCCCCGGGCAGCUGAUGGGACCUGGCAGGGAAGGGCAGCGGCUCCUGGCAGCUGCAUCCCCUGCAUGGCCACUCGUGGUGAGAGUGCCAGCCCCUGCUGGGCAUGCAUCUCUUGGCAGUGUCGCGGUCCUGCAGCCCGUGGGUAUCCACGGGCUCGUGCACAGCUGGGAUUUAACUGCACAGCAGCAGCUUGCCCGUUUCCCCACCUGGUGUAAUUUAGGCUAAUCUAAUUGAGCCCGUCUGUCCUGCUCCCGGUGGGAGCGCACCGCUCGGCAAGCCGGCACAGGCAGCGUGGACGUGCCCGGGAGGGAGGGAUCCUCUGCUGCAGCUCACGGUUGCGUACCGGGGCUCGGUGUCAGUGCUGCGGGGAGCGGGUGCUGUGCGGAGCCGCUUGAGGAGCAGCUGCGUUGGUGCCAUUUGUGCCCGCAUUCAUUUGGCCGAGCAGCAGUGGAGGUGCAGAGGGAUGGGACUGCCCUGGGCUGCGCAGGGCCCCGGGAGUUAAGCAGUGCCCGCGGCUGGAAGUGCCCCAUGCCACCUCUCCUAAUCUUGUUGAUCGCUAAUGUAAAGCCGGAGUGGAUUUAGGGCCCCUUAUCUCUGGCUGCUCGACCUGCUGGCUCGGUCCAGGGCUGUCCUCACUGCUGCUGCAGCGCCGGCCACGCCAGCUCCCGGUAUGCCACCACGCCGAGUGCCAGCAGCUGAACCACAGCAGCCCCCUCAGCCUGUGUGAGGUCUGCGACGGCCGCCUCCACGGUGCCAUGCACUUCGACGGGCACAUCCGCUUCGACUUGCCCCCGCAAGGCUCCAUCCUGGCCCGCAACGUGUCCACCCGCUCGUGCCCCCCGCGCACCAGCCCUGCCUCCGACGUGGAGGAAGACGACGAGGGACCGGCGGACGGGAGGGGGGACAGGAAGAGCUCGGCGCUGAAGCUGCCCAAGAAGAAGGCUCGGCGCAGACACACGGAUGACCCCAGCAAGGAGUGCUUCACCCUGAAGUUCGACCUGAAUGUCGACAUCGAGGCGGAGAUCGUGCCGGCCAUGAAAAAGAAAUCCCUGGGGGAGGUGCUGCUGCCGGUCUUUGAGAGGAAGGCGAUCGAGCAGAGCAAGGUGGACAUCUACCUGGACCAGUCCAACACACCGCUCUCCCUCCACUUCGAGGCGUACCGCUUCGGGGGACACUACCUGCGGGUGAAAGCCAAGCCCGGGGACGAGCUGAAGGUGGAGCAGGCAGCACGGGAUGCCCGGUCGGCCAGCCUGCCCAUCCUGCGCCCCGCUGGCACCGCUGCGCUCUUCGGGCCAGUGCUGGAGCCGGUGCUGGGCCGCCGGGAGGGUGCUGAGGUCCUGGCUCCAGGCAGGCGGAGGAAGAACAUGACGGAGUUCCUGGGGGACGCCAGCAUCCCUGGCCCCGAGCUGUCCCCACACGGCAGUGGCUCCCUGCCCACCAAUGGCACCGACACCUGGAAGAACCGUGCCGCCAGCCGCUUCAGCGGCUUCUUCAGCUCCGGCGCUGGCACCGGCCCCUUCGGGCGGGAGGUGGAUAAGAUGGAGCAGCUGGAGAGCAAGCUGCACACCUACAGCAGCUUCGGGCUGCCCAAGCUGCCGCCGCAGCUCCGCUUCGACCAGGACUCCUGGGAGGAGGACGGGGAUGACAGCAGCCUGGCGCUGGAGGACAGCUGGCAGCAAAUCAUCGAGGGCACGGAGGCCCUGACACGCCGGCAGUGCCACCAGCAGGAAGCCAUCUGGGAGCUGCUGCACACCGAGGCCACCUACAUCCGCAAGCUCAAAGUCAUCACCGACCUCUUCCUCUGCUGCCUGCUGAACCUGCAGGAGUCGGGGCUGCUGUGCGAGGUGGAUGCCGAGCGACUCUUUGGCAACAUCAGGGAGAUCAUCCAGCUGCACCGCAGCCUGUGGAGCAGCGUCAUGGCCCCGGUGCUGGACAAGGCCCGCCGGACCAAGGCGCUGCUCGACCCCGUGGACUUCCUCAAGGGCUUCAAGACGUUCGGCUCGCUCUUCAAGCCCUACAUCCAGUACUGCAUGGAGGAGGAGGGCUGCAUGGAGUACAUGCGAACGCUGCUGCGGGACAGCGAGCUCUUCCGUGCCUACGUGACGUGGGCCGAGAAGCACAAGCAGUGCAGCCGCCUGAAGCUCAGCGACAUGCUGGUGAAGCCACACCAGCGCCUCACCAAGUACCCGCUGCUCCUCAAGUCUGUGCUGAAGAAGACUGACGAUGCGCGCACCCGUGAUGCUAUCCUCACCAUGAUCGGCUCCGUGGAGCACUUCAUCAACCACGUCAACUCACGUAUGCGGCAGCGUCAGGAGCAGCAGCGCCUGGCUGCCAUCCUCAGCCGCAUCGAUGCCUACGAGGUGGUGGAGGGCAGCACGGAUGAGGUGGACAAGCUGCUGAAGGAGUUCCUGCGGCUGGACCUGACGGCCCCCAUGCCCGGCACCUCCCCGGACGACACCCGGCAGCUCCUCCUUGAGGGCAGCCUGAAGAUGCGGGAAGGUAAAGACAGCAAGAUGGAUGUCUACUGCUUCCUCUUCACUGACCUCUUCCUCAUCACCAAGCCUGUCAAGAAGGCUGAGCGCACCAAGGUGGUCCGGCAGCCCUUGCUGGUGGACAAGGUCGUCUGUCGGGAGCUGAAGGACCCAGGCUCCUUCCUCCUCAUCUACCUGAAUGAGUUUGGGAGUGCUGUGGCUGCCUACACCUUCCAGGCCAGUGGGCAGUCGCUGUGCCGCAGCUGGGUCGAGGCGCUGCACAACGCGCAGAACCUGCUGCAGCGGCUACGUCUGCAGGAGCUGCAGCGCGGGCAGUGCCAGCGCCUGCAGGAAGAGGAAGAAGAGGAGGAGGAGGAGGAAGAUGGUGAGAGCAGCACCUCAGCCGCCAGCUCGCCCACUGUCCUGCGCCGCAGCAGCACCAGCCUGGACUCCCAGCAGUGCCCCUCGGAUGGCUCCACUGAGACCAUCUCGGUGUUGGUGGUGGAUGGUAGUGAUGAGCUCUCCUCCCCGGACUUGGACGUGGGGCCGUUUGGUUCACCAUCAGACAGCACCUCCGUGAGCACCGGCACCUCUGUGAGCACCGGCACCUCCAGCAGCACCUUGAUCAGAGAGCUGCCCACGGACACCCUGCCCCUGCCCCAGGGCCCGGCCGCCCAGCCCAGCAGCUGCCGCUCGGCAUCCAUCGACAGCGCUUACGGCACGCUCUCGCCCGCCUCGCUGCGGGACUUUACCCGGCAGCAGGAUGUGGUGGCCGAGGAGGGGCGGGAUGUCCCAACCCCGCGGCCGCCUUCACCCCGGCUGCGCCGCCGGACACCUGUGCAGCUCCUGCCCUGCAAGGCCCAGGUGCUCAAGUCCAAGUCGGAGGCCAGCCUCCUGCAGCUGCUGGCCAGCCCCCCGGCCCCGCUCAGCCAGAGCCGGAGCCUCUCCGACCUCUGUGCAGCCCCCCCCAGCCCCCCGCUCCCCCAGCGGACUGGAUGUGCCCCGGGGCACCCAGCCGCCCCCAGCACCGGCAGCAGCAGCGGUGACUCCACUUCUGAGCUCUCGGAGCCGGAGGAACACGCAGAGACCCCAGGGCCCGCCCUGGGCCAGCCCAGCCGUGGCCCACAGCCCCCCGCCCGCCGCACCCUCUCGGACCCGCCGUCGGCACAGCACCGCAAGCUGACGCUGGCCCAGCUCUACCGGAUCCGGACCACCUUGCUCCUCAACUCCACGCUGACGGCCUCGGAGGUCUGAGAGCUGCCAGGGCGGUGAGGAUGAGGACGGACGCAUGGCCGCUCCGAGGAGCUCCUCCUGCUUCUAACCAUAGCGUAAUGCCAGGGCCGGGUAGAGCGAGUGCUUGCCAGCUUGUGCCAGGAUGUCACGCGAGCAUGUGUGGGGACAUGGAGCGGCCCCCUCUGGGAGGACACGUCCCGGGCAGGGCGGCACCAGGCUGCCCAUUUCUACCCAGGGAGCGGCCGUGUGGGGCCGGACAUGACACAUGGCUCGGGCUGAGCCCUCGCCCGCAGAGCGCCGGGGCCAGGCGAUGGGGUGGAGCAGGGCUGCGCCCAGGAAGGCUGCGGGCUGGGGCGGCUCCGGGGGGAGGAGGGAUCGUGAUGUUGGCAGCGGUGAGUGGAGAAGGUGCGAGAGGGCCGUGGCGCGGGCUGCACGGAGCUGCCGGCGUGCGGGGCGGGAGGCCGGGGGUGGUGGCAGGAGGGGACGGUGCUGGGCUGGGGCAGGCGGUUGCCACAGGGCCUGGUCAGGGCAGUUUGGUGGGAGGCAGCGGCUGUGGGUGGCCAAGGCCAGUGUAAGGAGCGAGGAGCCUCGGUGGCACAGGCUGACAUGGCGGAGGCCGAGUGCUGGGUGCCGUCCCGUGCCAGGCUGUGGUCCAUGGCCCAGUGGGGAGUUGCUGCCCAUAGACAUGGCCCACACCGGAGCAGGGCACCCUCAUGGAGUGUGUAUUUAUUUAGCUUCAGGCUGUCCCCGCGGCAGCACUGCCUGCUGGGACAGGGAGGUGACGGUGGCUGUGCCAUGGACACGCACUGGCCAAGGCACUUGUGCUGGCUGCAGCGCGGUGCUGGUGGAUGGGGGCCAGUGCCGUGGCCGCCCCUCCUGCCGUUGUGGUCCGGCCAAGCAAUAAACCUAGCUGUGUGCA